GUGCCACCGUGCCUUCCUCAAACCACAUUCAACGCAACUUUGCCUUCUCUCUCUGCUUGGUAUAAAUUGAACUGGUCUUGCCGAUCGAAACUACUCAGUAUCUUUCUUCUUGCUCCCAUCCUCUCAGAUUCGUGUGCAAUACCUUUUAAUCGCGAACUGACGACGAGACAAUGGACGGACCCAGCGUCGAAGAGGACACCAAACACUUUGACUCUGUUCAGGGUGCUCACGAUGGAGAUUCACAACCAGAUCCGAAUGAGCCUCUCAUGCUGGAUGCAGGCAAUGGCAGAGUAUGGUUGGUGAAAAUCCCGAAAACUCUCAUGGAAAAAUGGUCAAAAAUUGAUGCAGAGGGAGUUCACCUCGCCAAUAUCCGCGUCUAUCACAACGCCAAGGCACCCUCGGGCAAAAAACCGCGCAUCGUACUCAUCCUCCCGUCGGAUCCAGAAACUCCAGACGUGCUGGGCGAACGGUACGAGAUGGAGAUGGUGAAUGAGUCCGUGGAGAACCAGGUCGUGAUCGCCGAACGUGAAAAGGAACCUGGGACAGGCAGUCGUGCACGCACGACGAUCCUGACAGGGCGGGUCAAACAUGAGUGCCAUUUGAAACAGGCGUCUUUGACCGCUCAGUAUAGACAACGGGUGAAGCAACGGACUAUCGCUGCUAAUACGCCGAAGCGGAAGACGAAGCCGAUCGAGGAGGCGAUGCUCGGGCGAGGCAACGUCAAGAUGCUUACUAGUGGAGCAGCACCCAACGCGCCCAUGUCGCUUUACAAGCCGAAGCCGAAGCUGCAGAAGGGCCAGUACGAGCGCAUGGCGCGGAUGCCACGCGACCAGCUGCUCGACGAACUCUUUCGUGCAUUCCAGGAACAUGAGUUUUGGGCCAUUAAGGCGUUGCGCGAGCGCACGCAGCAGCCUGAGGCGUACCUUAAAGAAGUUCUGUCCGAGAUCGCGAUCAAUCGCCGCAGCGGCGAGCACGCACAAAGCUGGGAGCUACUGCCGAACUUCAAGGGUGAAGGGAUGAAGGCGGAGAACGUACCCGGCCCGAGCCUCUCACAAGGUAUGAGCGCUAGUCAGAGCUCAGCGGAUGUGAAGAUGGAGGAGGCCGAGGAAGAUGAGGAUGAGGACGAAGAUGAGGAUGACAUGGAAGAAGUCUCAUGAUGGCGUAUGUUAUGCUCGUCGGACUGCUGUCGGUACGACUGUCCCCCUUUACCGUAUCAUUAUUAUCUGCAAAUGUGCAGCUUCACAGUGUAUUAUAUCCUCACAAUUGGAACAGAGUGGGUUUUUUCACCGC